AUGUCCUCACCACCGUGGGACUACAUCGCCAAGCUGGUGUGCAUAGGCGACUCCGGCUGCGGCAAGUCCAGCCUGACCAUCCGGCUCUGCGAGGGCCGCUUUGUCCAACAUCACGAUGUCACCAUCGGCGUUGAGUUCGGCUCACGGAUAGUACCCGUCGGCGCACCACACUCCAAACCGCCCCGGGCGUCCCAGGCCACCGAAACAUCACCAGCCGACAGCACCUCCGACUCCUCCCCACAGCCGCCCAAGCCCGAGGGCCUUCCUCCACCCCCGCUGAAGCAGGACCCCCCGCCGCCCCAGAAGCACAUGAAGCUAUCCCUCUGGGACACCGCAGGCCAGGAGACGUACAAGUCCGUCACGCGCUCCUACUUCCGCGGCGCCUCGGGCGCCCUGCUGGUCUUCGACAUCUCGCGCAAGGCCACCUUCGACCACGUCACCGACUGGCUCAACGACCUGCGCCAGAUCGCGGAGCCCGACAUCGUCGUCAUCCUCGUCGGUAACAAGGCCGACCUCGCCUCGGAGAAGCGCGAGGUCGACGAGGCCGACGCCCGCGACUGGGCCCGCCGGAACGGCGUGCUGCAGUACGUCGAGACCAGCGCCAAGAGCGGCGAGGGCGUCGAGGAGGCCUUCCUGGCCGUGGCCGAGAGGAUAUACCAGAAUAUCAUGGCGGGCAAAUAUGACCUGAACGACAGGCGGUCGGGUGUAAAAGGUUCUGCGACUGGCUGGGGAGGCGGGACGAAUGUCAGGCUGGACCAGGAGAAGGUCAAGAGCGGGGGUAUGUGCUGUUGA